CAAAGAGCGACUUCGAGAUUCAAGGCAUCCUUUCCAGCUUUUGAUCAAAGUUCUCACCGGAAGACAUUUCAUGGAGGCUUCGCUGGCGCGGUUGCCGGUUGAAGUGGUCCGGGUGCCCAGGCCAGCCGCGCCGGACCGCCCCGGACCGCGCGGAGGUCGCCACGCCGCCGCGGGCGGCGCCCCGCGGGCGGCUGCUUCCGCGGGGUGUGUCUCCGGCAGGCAUUUGGGCAGGAAGGAGCAUGCCUCACGGACGGAUCCAGCCAUGAAGCACUCGGCCUGGGGCUUGGCGCUCCUGGCGCGAAGGCGGCGAAUUCGCCGCGUUCUGCGCCGGGCGGGGCCGGAGGCCCCCGUCACCUUGCGCGAGCAGGCGCAGCAGCUGGCCAGCGACCAGGCGGCGCUGCGCAUGGGCAGCGGGGGACUGGAGAGCGUGGUGCCUGAGGACGAGCGCAAGCAGCUGGAGAAGAAGGCCGACACCUUGGAGCCCUUCAGGAAGGGCGUCAUCCUGGCGGCUUGUUUGCUGCUCUUCGGGGCGCUGCAAGACGGGUUCUGGCUGCUGGUGACUCCUGGGCUCACCGCCCAGGGUUGGCUCAAUGUCAUCCGCUCUGAGGAUUCCCAGUCCUCGUCGCUGGCGUUGAUCCUUGGCUUGACGGCGGUGGGCGCAGGGCUGCUGUACACCGGCCUGGUGCUGCUGGCGCCGGCGCCGCUGCCGUCUUUGGAGUCGGUGCUCCAGGAAGAGGAGAGCCGACAGGAGGCGGAGAAAAACAGGCAGCUGCGCAGCUUGGAGGGCAGGUGGUACUACGGUCUGAACCUGGGCCAGAGCUACCGCAUCUUCCAGUCCGAGCGGGGCUGGCGCUUCGAGGAGGAGCUGCAGGGCCGGAAGUGCACGGCGGAGCUGCGGAUCGUGGGGGGCUGGGUCAAGGGCCAGUUGCUCGACCAGCACGGCAAGGAGGUGGGCCUGAUCCGCCUGCGCCGGUCCGCGGGCAAGAGCGUGGUGUCCAACCUGCGGCCCGUGGGCGAAGCGGACUGGGGGAAUCCCAACGAGGCCAUCGGCUGGUGAGCAAGCGCUUGCCGCGCCGCAUGGCGGGUUGGAGAUGGGCGAUCACAGGAUUUCACGUUCUGACUACCCCAGGGUAGACUUAAACCCAGGGAUGGUUCAUUGCCCCCCGAAAAGGGGAACCCCGGGGUUUAAGUCUAUAUUGGGAACCCUGGCCGAUCAUUUUCGGGGCCUUUUUUCCUGCUGCCUAGGGAUUUCAGUACCCCCCAGUUCCUGGCCACCGUGCAGUCCCGUCAAAGCUUCGCGGGAGGCAGCUCUCUUCCAAGCCGUGGCCAGCGGUCGUCUUUCGUGGUGCCUGAUUGACUAUCGAGCCUUG